GACGCGAUUGCCUUCAUUUUCGGAUCAAAGGAAUCCCCACUCUCCUCGUCGAUAACCUCCCUAGGCAAUCGUCGGAAGUCAACCCUAAGCUCCGAUGGAUUCGACCGGCGAAGGAAGCGGAGGUGGAAAAGGAGAAGCAGCAGAAGCAGAAGGAGAAGGAAAGCGGCUGGAUCGACUGCCGGAGGCUCUUGUCUGCACCAUAAUGUCGAAGCUCGACGUGGGUUCCAUUUGCUCCGUCGCUUCCACUUGCAGAGCGUUCAGAGCUUCGGCUUCUCAUAUCUUCGCUUUCAUCCCCAACUUCCACCUUCUGGAGAUUGCGCUUUCAAUUGAUUUAUUGAGGCGAUUAUUGCCGCGGAACCCUUAUCUUAGAAGCUUGAAACUGGAUUGCGAGCGGCUGGAUGACUCGGCCAUCAGUUUACUAUCUCAGCCUGCCUUGCAGGAAUUGUAUGUGCACAACUGCUCUGAUUUUACUGGGAAAUUGCUGUCCCAAAUUGCUUCCAACUGUGCAGAUUUGAGGUGUCUCUACUUAGGUUCAGUGGCUGAAAAAAGAGGGCGGGCCAUUCAUAUUUCUGAUUUGGAGGACUUACUCAGUCGUUGCAAGCAGUUGGAAGCACUCGUGUUGAUGUUCGAUGUCUCAUUAUUCUUUAGUCAUAAUUUCGCCCCAAUUUGGGCGUCAGCGUCUCAGAAACUUGAAUGUCUCGAGAUUGGCUAUGUGUCCUCGGUCAUGGUAACCGACCUGCUCGCUCCAAAUCUAGCCCCCAAAUCUCCAAACUCACUUCAGCCAUCCAUUCUCCCUGGGAUUCAGAAACUUAUCCUUUCAGUGGACUCCAUCACAGACAUAAUGGUUGCAACAAUAUCAAACGGCCUAUUGUCCUUAACCCACCUUGAUCUCCGAGACGCACCCUUCACGGAACCAACAAUUGUAACUGAUCUCACCAACUCUGGCCUUGAGCUUGUCAAUCAGCACGGCAAGCUGAAACAUUUGUCUCUAAUCCGAAGUCAGCAGUACCUCAUCACAUACUUCCGAAGAGUGAACGAUCUCGGGUUACUUAUGAUGGCUGACAAGUGUGCAAACUUGGAGAGCAUAUCACUUGGAGGCUUCUGUCGUGUCACAGAUUCGGGGUUCAAAACAAUCCUCCAUUCAUGCUCCAGACUAUACAAGCUCAAAGUCUGUCAUGGGACACACUUGACUGAUCUCGUGUUCCAUGACAUCUCAGCUACAUCCUUGUCUCUGACUCAUGUCAGCCUGAGAUGGUGUUACCUUCUAACCAGCCACGCUAUUGGGAACUUGGUCUCCAACAUGCAGCUCAAGGUACUCGACUUGCGUGAAUGCAAGAGCCUCGGCGAUGAAGCCCUCAAAUCUAUCGGUACUCUUCCCGAAUUGAAAGCCUUGAGAUUGGAUGGUAUGGAUAUAAGCGACUUCGGAUUGUCUUCUCUCAGGGAAAGAGUCAUAAAAUCUCUGACCUCGUUGUCCUUGAGAGGAUGCAAGAGGCUCACUGAUAGAGCCAUCACGGUUCUCUUCAAAGACACAUCAAAUCUAGAGCUGCAGGAGCUCGAUCUUUCGAACAUCCCGAGUCUCUCCGACGAAGGAAUUCUGUCUCUUGCAAGGAGUCGUGUUCCCGUCUCAGAGCUCCGUAUCAGACAAUGCCCGCUCAUCGGCGAUACAUCUAUAAUGGCACUGGCGUCAAUGCAGGUGGAUGACGAUCAGCGCCAUGGUAACUGUUUGCGGCUGUUGGAUCUCUACAACUGUGGUGGCAUUACACAGCUGGCAUACAAGUGGUUGAAGAACCCAUACUUUCCAAGACUGAGAUGGCUGGGAAUUGCCGGGAGUGUGAACAGAGAUAUUAUAGAUGCUUUAGCUAGGAACCGACCUUUCCUGCGAGUUACGUGUCAUGGUGAGGAGAUCGGGCCAGAGCAGUGGGAUAACGUGGAUGGCAGUUACGCUCAAGAGUUCAAUGAGGUUGAUGGGAUCGGAGGGUGGCUCGUUGGAGAAGGCGGUGAGCACGGUUUUCACUUGUUGUCUGAUGAUGAUGAUGACGAUGAUGAUGGAAAUCAUAUGAUGCUGGAGUAAAGCUUGAUGAUGGCAUAUGACCUUUCACUUGUGCUGUACACUUUCUUCUCAUGUGGUCUGUUGUAAGACUUGUUUAGUGUUGGAUAGUCCCGCACCCUGGAGGUAGGGAGGGGUGCGGUUUUUAUGCGUCGAACCUCAAGAGUCGAGCACUCUGCCUUCCGUUACCUGCUGCUGUGCUGCCAUUGUUGUUGUUCUGUUGUAGUUGUUAAGGCUUGGUUUAGGAUCAUAUAUUUAAGUUUCACAAAUCUGGGCUUCUUCCAUAUGGGUACUUCAGUGUUGUAGAGAGUAUAGAGAAGGAUUUGAAGCCUUUAUAUAAAUUACAAGAGACUACCAUUUCUGAGAUUCUUCAUUUCCCUCUGAACAUUUGUCUUCAAGUUACUACUAAACCCUACAGAACGAUUUGUUUGAUGGAGCAGCAAUGCAGAUGGCGACAUCUCAACCUGCAAAUUCUGACAAAACUCAUUUGUAACUUUCUCAGAACAGUGAGUUCCAUCUAUCUCUGCCUUUUUGCACCUCUACGGAAGGCAAGGAGAUCUUUGCAUGGAUUUUUGCCUGUGGUGGAGGGAUUCUGAUGUUUCACCAACCCAGAAACCAGGUGGUGAAAGCAACUAAACUGUGUGCAGGACUCUUCAUAACAGUGAGUGAGUGAGUUAGUGCUAGAGAUUCUCUACUUUCUGAGAAAGGAAGAAUCUUGGGGAAGUGGACGGGAAUGGAUAUGGGAAAGCAAGUAAGCAACCAAGAGGCCCCCAGCAGAUCUUAUCCUGUCGUUAAACUACGUCAAAAUGAAACGUGAAACCUGACAUGUCAUCAUCAACGUCAUAUAUCAUGCACCAAUGCUAGCUAGCUAGGUACAUCUG